UAUGUAAAUAUCUAGAGCCAAGGUAAUUUGUGUUAUAUACACUUGUCUAUAGUAUUUCUCAAAUGACAAUGCCAUUUCUUCGACCAUCAAUCCUGCUCAUGAGAAUAGGUCAACUUGUGUAAUUAAUUAUUUAUUUCUAUACGCUCUUCUUUAUAUAGCUAUACACAUCUAUUUUAUAUUGUUUAAAGUUUUUCAUUUUAUUUUUUUCAUUUAAUUUAACAUAUUUUAUUGAUAUUUAAUAAUAGCUUUGUAAAAGCGUUUCGCUUUUUUUUUUUCUUUUCAAAUUAACAACUUCACCUUCAUUCUACACACAUAAUCGAUUUGACCUUGUUAAAUAAUUCAACCUUCAUCCAUCAGACAGUUUUCAAAAUGAAAAGAAAUAAAACAAAAAAAAAAAAAAACAAAUCAAAGCUUAAUAUGUUUUAUUAUUAUUUUCAUCAGUGGUCAAAGAGAAUGAAAAUAAUAAUCUAAAUAUAUCCAAGUGUCGAUUAAGUUUAUAAUCUUUAAUAAACACUAAAAUAAAUAAAUAAAAAUACUCCUUGGAAUGCAGGCUGUUUGAAUAACUUGUUGAAAAAAACGGAAAAUGUCGUGUGAAAAAUUCCACUAACAUGUUAAAAUAGUUUAAAGUAAUUAUCAAGAUUUUUAAUUAAGCUAUAUAUAAAAUUAUCUGAAAAUAGAUUCACAUUGUAUUAUUUACUUAAAAAUUAAUCAUAUUUAAAUCAAGAAAAAAAAAUUUAUUUAUCAAGUUAUCUGUUAUUGCAUUAUCAACAUCUAUAGUACAUUAUCACAUUGGUCAGUUUGAAAUGCAAUAAACAAAUAAAAUAAUAAAAAAUCAAAAAAUAUCUGAUUGCAUUGCGAGCUACAGGUUGUAUUCGCAAUCAACAAUGAUAAACGCAAUAAACAAUAUUAAUAAUAUUUAUAAAAAAAGAAUAAUUAAAAUAUAAUUAAUAAUACAAUAUAAUAAAUAAAUAUAUAAAAAAAAACGAAAAAAUUUUGCAGACAUCAUGAAUAUUUAUGACCGGAUAGCGUGAGGAUUCCCGUAGAUUCUAUUUUUGCGAUGUCGUAAUACAACGAACUGUAUACAACAAUAUAACGUCAAGUCUCGCAUAGCGAUAUAACACGCAACAGAUAAAAAAUAUAUAUAAAGAGAUGUGUGUUUUUGUCGUUGAGGCGCCUUACAUUAACGUCAUGAUAUAUACCAAUUCCACUUGACUUGUUUUUUCUCUUUGAAUAAAAUCCCAACCAAAUGAAACUUAAAAAAAAACCCCAUGGAUUAUUAUUUUUAAAUAAUUCUGCAAAAAAAUAUAAAACCCUUCAACGUAAAAUUCAAGUAUUUGCAUUUAUGCAAAUAAUAUCUUGUCGUUGAGAACGGACGAAAAAAGAUAUGAUAUUUUUAUAAAAUAAAAAAAUAAAACUUGAUUUUGAAGAGCAAAAAUAAAAUAAAUAUUAUUAUAUCCGUAAAAUAAAAUUUAAAAAAAAUAUACUAAUCAAUACGAUAUACAUUUUUUUUUUAAUCCUUUAAAAUCAAUUCUUCAAUAAAAAAAAAUAAAAAAAAUUUGAUAAGAUCUGAUUUUAAAUAACACCGAGACAGUAUCUCAUUAUUUUUUUUUUCUUGUCGCACUUAAUUUAUAAAAACUUCGACACAAAGAAAAUAAAAUUAUAUCGAUUUAAUGCAAGACGAUAUAUUCGUCUCUCAAGAUAAAAAAAAAAAUUAAAAUAAACCAAUUGAAUUUUAGAUUAAAAUAAAAAAAUAAUUAAAAUUAAUUUUUUUGUUUCAUUGGUGUUAUUCAUUGUCUCUGCAAAUGACACAAAAAUAACCACACCCCUUAAAAUACAAUUCAUUCAAGAACUUUGACGCCUACACAAUUCACCCUCAUCUCAUUUUCUCACCCUAUAAAAAAAAAAAAAAAAAUACUCUGACGUUUCCGUUAUCGAACAACCAUGACGUCACUGAACAUACCAACGGUGAAAUAGAAAAAAAAAAAAAUUCUAGUUGAGCGCAAAAGCCAAAUGGUACAUCAGUGUGUUACUUGAAAAAUCUUCCCUUAUUUUUUAUUUUAUUUUGUUUUCUCAUUUUCCUUGAUGCUGCGGAGUAGAAGGAUAAUGAGAAACUGGAAAAUUUUUCUUUUUUCUUCUUUUUUCAUUUGAGGGAUACUAUAUCGACUGAUGUUUUUUUUAUUUUUUUAUUUUUGUUAUAGGUAUAUAUUUAAUUUCCCUCUAUAUAGUCAAUAUCCUCUCUCUAUCAUGUUUGGCUUGUGUAUUACAUACAUACACCACUUUUCCCCCCGUUCAAACGUCCUUCAUCAUCAGUGACGGCAGUAAUACAGAGAACCCGGUGGCCAAGAGAGUUUUGAGUUGCUCCGUUCUUGCCUUUCACUCAACUUGCAAUUCAGUUCAACAUUGGCACUCAACAAACUCGGUACUUGGACGCUUUGAACGCUUGUUUUAUACCGAUACUCGAGAGUCUUCAACUUUAUCAAUUAUUUAUUUUAAUUUAUAUUUAUUCACAUUUUUUUUUAAUUUUUAAUUAAACACAAUUUUUUUUUUCAAAGUGAUUACAAACUAAUUUUUUUGUAAAUACAUAUUAUUACCUAUUCUUUCAACACUCUUGACUGAAUUUACACAGAAAAGAAAAAAUAAAUAGUGUGUGGCUCCCUGGAGAUUGGCGAGGAACGCCAAAGACGAGUGUCUAUGAUGGAGUCCCUUUGCCAGGUCAAUGGCACCAAGCCACCAACCAUAAACAACAAUUCUACCAAUAUAAUUAACAACCAUGAUAAUAAUAAUAAAGAUGAAAACAACAACAUCAAUAAUACAACAAAAAACAACAACAAUAUUAUUAAUGAUAAUAAUAGCAAUAAUGAAAAUGAAUUAAAUAAUAAUAAAAAUAAUAGUGUUACUAUAAAAAGUAAUGUAAACAGUGGAAUUGGUGGUAGUGGUGGGGGUGGUGGUGGUGGUGGGGGUGUUAACAAUAGUAGCAAGUGUCACAAUGAUCCAGAUUGUCCAAAUGAUCCACAACAAAGACUUGCAGUGUUAAGUUUUGAACAGGUGCGACGAUUAAAUGAUGUAAUGAAUGAAAUUGUUAGUAUUCAUGGUAGAGGUAAUUUUCCAACAAUUGAAGUACGUCUUAGAGAUUUGGUAACAAUUGUAAGAAGUAAAUUAGAAGAAGAUCCAAGUAAUGGUGGUGCUGGUAUGAGAGUUAAAGAUAUAAGAUUAAAUGGUGGUGCAGCAUCACAUGUAUUGGCAACUGAAUCACAACCAUAUAAUGAUUUAGAUUUAAUAUUUGCUGUUGAACUUGGUGGUAGUGGACGUAAUUAUGAUAAAGUUAAAGCAGCUGUAUUGGGUUCAUUAUUUGAUUUAUUACCAGAGGGUGUUAGUCGUAAACGUAUAACAACAUGCAGUCUUAAAGAAGCAUAUGUUAGUAAAAUGGUUAAAGUUAAUAAUGAUGGUGAUAGAUGGUCAUUAAUAUCACUUGGUAAUUCACGUGGUUAUAGAAAUGUUGAAUUAAAAUUUGUUGAUACAAUGAGACGACAAUUUGAAUUUUCAGUUGAUUCAUUUCAAAUUGUACUUGAUUCAUUAUUAUUAUUUUAUGAAUGCAGUAAAUUACCAAUUAAUGAAAAUUUUUAUCCAACUGUUGUUGGUGAAUCAGUAUAUGGUGAUUUUCAAGAAGCAUUAUAUCAUUUACAUAAAAAAUUAAUAUCAACAAGACAUCCAGAAGAAAUACGUGGUGGUGGUUUACUUAAAUAUUGUAAUUUACUUGUUAAAAUGUAUAAACCAUCACAACCAGAUUAUAUAAAAUUUUUAGAACGUUAUAUGUGCUCAAGAUUUUUCAUUGAUUUUCCUGAUAUUAAUCAACAACAAGCUAAAUUGGAAAAUUAUUUAUGGAAUCAUUUUGUUGGUCCAGAUGAAGAAUCAUUAAAAUAUCAAUAUUUAAUGUUAUUACAUAGUGUUGUUGAAGAAUCAACAGUAUGUUUAAUGGGACAUGAAAGAAGACAAACAUUAUCAUUAAUUGAAAAUCUUGCAUUUCAAGUACUUUGUCAAGAACAACAAAAAUUAAAUAAUCAACAACCACAAACUGGACCACCACCAACAUAUGUUUAUACAAAUGGUUAUCCACCAAAUGGUGGUUAUUAUUAUACACCAGUUAUAUCAACAGCAUGUUAUACAUGCUCAUGUACAUCAUGGAUGGCAUGUUCAUCGUGAUGUGGAAGUAUUGUCGAUACAACGACAACAACCACUAAUAACAACAACGAUAAUAAAAACAACAACAACAACAACAACAUUGAUAAUUUAAAUGAUGCUAUUCUCAAUCAAGCAAAUUGCAUCACCAAUAAUAAUUCUCUUAUUCAAACACAAGAUACAUUAACAUGUCAUCAUCGAAUAAUUAAUGACAAACCACAAAAUAAUCAUCAUCAACUUGGACAUCAUGUUUAUCAUCAUCACUAUCAUCAUUACUUUCAUCAUAAUUAUGAAAAUUAUCAACCAAAUGUCGUUAUCAAUGACGACAUAAACAAAGACUACAAUAAUGGCUGUCCAAGUAUUUUUGACAAAACUCAUGUCACUUCGAUAACCAGUUGACGAUACUGAUUACUGACUCGCACGUUCUGAACUUUGAUUUAUUUACGAGAACGACUGAAUGUGGACGGAUGCAUAUAUGUUUAUAAAAAUUGAUUAAAUAUAUUAUUAUAAUUAAUUAAAAAAAUAUAUUAAUAAGAAAAAAAAAAAAAAUAUUAAAAAAAAAAUUUUAAAAUAUGAAAUGUUAUUAUAUAUAUUGUAUACAUCUAGAAAUGGUAUAUUAUAUGUAUAGGAAACUUGAUUACGUGUUUCAUGUACCCUUAGCCUUGUUGUUUAUAUUUUUUUUUUUUUUUUUUAUUUCUCAGAGAAAAAAUGUUAAUUGACUUUUAUCUAUAGUAAAUGGAAAAAUUGUUUUUUAAAUAAUUAUUAAAAUAGUGCUGUGCCUAAUUUCUGAGAUAUUUUCAAUUUCAAUAUAUAUAUUUGACAUUGUAAAUGAUUUAAAUGAAAAUAUAAUUAAUUAUUUAUAAUUAGUAAUUGGUAAUAUUAUUUGCAAAAAAAAAAGAAGGUAAAAAUUCAAUGAGGUUUAUAAGUGUGUAUAUUAUUAUUCCAAAAUAUCCAUGAUAGAUGUAAUUUCCAAAUUAAUCAAUGUAUGUUCUCAAAAUCAUUGUGAAAAAAAAAAAUAUAUAUAUAUAAAAAGAAUUUGAUAUAGUCUUCUUUUUAAGUCAUUCCGUGGGGCAGUUUUUAAAUCUGUUUGGCUCGACUGCUCAUGUAUCAAGUGGCAUAAAUUUAAAAAAAAAAAUUAUCAAUUAUUAAAUUUUUUUUUUUUAUAAAUUACAUAAAAGUGAUGAUUGAAAAUAUUGUAAAAUUGAAAAAAUUUUGAAUAGUCGGACCAAAAGGAUUCGUACUGUGUCCAUGAUGAUAAAAAAGAAAAAUUUUUUUUUUCUUGUAGCAUAUCGUUAAAAAUAAAUAUUAAAAAAUUAAAAAAAAAAAAAAUUAAAAACAAGAUUAAAAAACAAAAAAAAAAAAAAAUUGUAUAUUAUAUAUCAGUAAAAUAAUUUUCUUCGAUAAAAUAUAAAAAAAAAAAAAAUAUUAACGGGGAAAAUUGGAUAGAAAAAAAUGGAGAUAGAAGUCUACUGUCAGGGGAGUUUAUUUACAUAAAAAAAUUAACUGUAAUUUAAAAAAAAAAAAAAAAAAUUAUAAUUAAAAUUAUUAUCUAAUUAUUAUAAUAUAUUAAUGUGUGGCUGUGAUCACAUUUCAUUUAGGUAUCCUACAUUGUAAGAUUUCGAUGAAAAUAAUAAUAAUAAUAACAAUAAAAAAGUAAAUAAAACAAAAAAAAAAAAAUUUUAUUACUUUUGACAAACAAUUAUUAAAAGUUUACUAAUUUCAAUUGAGGAGAAAAAAAAAAAAAAAAACGAGCACUAGACAAAUUUUAUUAUAAAUAAUUGAAAUAAUAAAUAACGCUCAUGUUUUUAGCAUAUAGUAUCAAUGGUUUUUUUUUUUUUCUUUUUAUAAAUAUAUUAUUAUUUUUGUUUUUUGUUUUUCGAUAUAUACAUGAGUUUUUCAAUUAUUUUCUUAUAUCAAAAACUCUUGACUGGUUGCAGUUUUCGGCAAUGUAAGAUGUAGAUAAAAAUCGCGCGCACGUUGCAUCUUAGUAAACCCUCAA